CUUCGCGUUUACUGCUGCCACAAGCACAGCUCACAAUCACAUCGUUUAUUUGUGCGCCUGACGCGCGCAGGAGCGCACGCACAGUCCGCCUGUCCACGAGCGACUUCAAGUUCAGCGAGAACUCCUGAGCACGCUUCCACUGACCCAUUCCAGCUGCGCAAUCAGCUUUAUUGGGUACUAAAGCAGUACUUUAGAAAACGCAUGGCAUGGUGACUGAGAGGAACGGAGGAAUUCUCUCUUCGGCGUCUUUAGUGGAGAUUCAGCGUUGAAUGAAACUGUCUGCAAAAUUAGCUGUCAAACGCGCAGGAUGUGUCGAGUGUCGAGAAAGUAGAGCUGUUUAAUCGACUAUCAACAAACUUCAGUUGCUUUGACUGACAUUGGAAAGUCAUGGCAUCAGUGUCGUGGAGACACGCGCUUUUCUUCUUGCUAGCCGUGAAUCUGUCUGUGCUGACAACAGCAUGCAGUGGUCACUAUGGCAGUGUCAUUGAGGAGUUCUGCCUGGCCAAGUUCAAGCUGGACAUGGAGGUUCUCGAUCAGCGCCAGUGGUGCAGCUGGGAGGACACAGUUGAGUCCUAUGGAGAACUGACCAACUGCACGUUCCUGGUGGCUCUGAAGAUGAACUGUUUCUGGCCCAACCGAAUGGUGGACGAAUUCUUCAUCCGGGUGCACAGGCACUACUUCCAUGACUGCUCAAUGUCUGGACGGCUGCUUCACGAUCCACCCAAUCGGAUCUUGGGGCCUUUUAUUGUGGUGCCCAUUCUGGUGACGCUACUCAUGACUGCCCUAGUGGUGUGGAGGAGUAAACGCAGCGAGGGUAUCGUAUAAUCGAUAAGCUAACCAAGUACCUCCACACUGAACAAUAGAGAAGGACUGCAAGCACUAAGAAAGACUUGUUUCUCAUCAAGUGGUUGUAUAUCCAAACACUUCUAGUGAAUGCUGACACUGUGUUAUCUGCACACAGAUAACAAACCAGUCAUUUAUACAGAAACAGCACUAUUUCUUUGAGGUAGUUUUUAACUAAAUGUUUUGUCAUACCAGUAUUCUGUUAGUAAAACAGAUCUCCAGUCUAGAUGCAAGUCAUUAUGAUGAUGACGGAUAAGUUUCACCUUGGAUGGACACACACCGAAGGGAGGACACUGUUAUUCCCACACGUUCGACAAACCUUUACCAUCAUGUGAGCACUGGACAUUGAACAAACCUUUUUGUGUCACCCUCAAUGCAUUUCACUCUCAUAAAUGUGCUUUGUGCCAAAUGAUGACACUCAUUCAUUCAGUCAGUCAGUCAGUCAGUCAGUCAGGAUUAGUAUUCUUUUGUUGAUUUAAGAAAAGAAGAGGGCUACAACCACGAUAUACUGCAGGCAAUAGACAUCAGGUUCUGGAUCAGAACUGCAGUCUUUUGUACUGACAUUGUAUCAGAUAACAGUAGAACCAUUGAACCAGAAAGAAUCAGUGCAUUUAUUUGCCGUCUCUCAUCUCAUGAACUCUCGUCAUAAGGUCAUGUCAAGGGAAAAUAUUUUCCUGCUGUAGCGGAGAGCAACCUACCGGCUAAGAAGCUUGCAGCAUUUGUUGUGAAAUAAUUUAUGUAUUAGCACUAAAAGGAUGUUUUUAUUCACAUGAUUCUGCUAAUUGCUUUUUUUAAAGCUAUAUAUGUGUUUCCCUGGAGCUCUGUACCCACAGUGAGUGGUUUAAAAGCCUGUGGUGAACUGGACCAUGGCACAGAGACAGUAGACAUUUCUAAUGUCAGCUGAAUUUCAAAGCAUCUGAUUUCUGUUGCAGUUUUAAUAAAGCCAUUUGCCCUC